AUGUCCCUCAUGGGCUACACCCAAAAACCUUUUUGUACAGGCCAUCCCUUGAAACAUCCGGGCAGCGACUUCACCGGAAUAAAGCUUGAUCCCACAAUGGUUGGACUGAAGCUACCGCUCUUGCUGGUGCUGCUGCACGCGGCGUUUGGUUCUGCCUACCGAUGGUUUAACUGGCAAUCCGAGAUCACUUGCGAGUCUGACGCAUACAUUGCGCCCGAGAACGAGAACGCCACUGCUUCGUUCCUCAGGCAGCAGUACCCCAGAGGUUCCUUGAUCAAAGUGGUUGGCAAUGGCCACGGUUUUGGGAACCUUACCACGUGUGUUGAUACUAGUCGUACUGAGAAGCCUUCAUACAUUGUUUCCCUUACCAACUUGAACCAUCUCCAUAUCGACAGGGAAAGCAUGACUGCCACUUUCGGAGCUGGCUGGGAUGUCUAUGACCUUAUUAAUGAGCUCAAGGACAAUGGACUGUCGUUCAACUACCUUGGUGCGAUGCGAGUCCAGAACUUUGUGGGUGCUGUCUCUACCGGUACUCAUGGGACUGGAUCUUCCUUCGGAAACAUGGCAACCCAGGUAGUAGGAUUGCGUGUGCUGGACUCCCAGGGUAAUCUCCGCAUCAUCGACGAGACCACCAACGCCGGCGAAGAUCUCAAGGCUUUCCGGGUCAGCCUUGGUGCUCUUGGUCUGAUCACCGAGAUGACCAUCAAGGUCGAACCGACCUCUCUUGUCAAGAAGACCACCAAGGUCUUGAAUGCCACGACCAACUACUCCCAGAUGUAUGGGGAAAUUGCGCAGUUGUAUAAGGACCAUGAUCGCCUGACCGUCUGGGGUCCGCACUUCAACUGGGAUGACAAGGCGCAGGACUGGGAGAUUGAACCUACCUACUUCGCCUCUUGGUGGGAACCAACCAACUACACGGGUGUGCGGAACUGCACGCUGAACUACUGUGCCAAUGGCUGUGGCGAAUGCAACAAGAACUAUAUCUGCUAUGAUGAAGUGUCGGAUGCCGUCUCUUGCCCCGCAGCGGGCCUGUGUAUGAACAAAUUCUACGCCGAGAUCGAGCACUUCUUCCCCAUCGAGCAUCUCGUGGACUUCGCAACCAACUAUACCGAGUUCCAGCAAAACCAGACCCCUCGCAUGAAGGCUCCCUACAAUGAGCAGAUGAUCUUCCAAUACCGCAUUCUCAAGGGCGACGACACCUAUCUUUCCCCGGCCAACACCUACAACCUUGGGCCUGAGAGCAGUGGAGUGUUUGGAGUCCUCGAGAUUGACUGGCUGCAAACAUACAACAACUUCACCACUCUGUGGCAGAACCAGGCGUUGGCUGAAGAGUUUCUCCCCCAUUUUGGUGAGACAUACAAUGUUCGCUCCCAUUGGAACAAGAUGUCCCCUCCAAACGCCACCUACAUCCAAGAGAAAUUCCCAAAGCUGCCUGAAUUCCUAGAUAUCCAGGAGCAUCAGGACCCGAAGUGUCAAUUUGCCAAUGACUUUUUGAUCCAACAGCUUGGUAUCACCCGCUGCGCCAGCCAUCUCUCUGUAUAGAGAGGGCAUCGUUGGUAGAAGAAUCUGUUCUAUAACUAUAUACCCUCGAAAAUAUGUGCCAACCACGGGAUGGCCUGUGUACAUACAUAGCAAGCAACAAUUUAGGAAUCCAU